GACUGUGCGGCGGCGGUCAAACCGGAAGGGGAGGCGCUGGGGCCUGGAGGAGCGGUCUGUAUCGCUGCGGUUGCCGGUGUUUGCGGGUUGCAGGGAGCCGGGCCGGCGGUCGGGCUGUGUCGCGAUGCCGGAGCUGGCGGUGCAGAAGGUGGUGGUCCACCCCCUGGUGCUGCUCAGUGUGGUGGAUCAUUUCAACCGAAUUGGCAAGGUUGGAAACCAGAAGCGGGUUGUUGGUGUGCUUUUGGGAUCGUGGCAAAAGAAAGUGCUUGAUGUAUCCAACAGUUUUGCAGUACCUUUUGAUGAAGACGACAAAGAUGAUUCUGUCUGGUUUUUAGACCAUGAUUAUUUGGAAAACAUGUAUGGGAUGUUUAAGAAGGUCAAUGCCAGAGAAAGAAUAGUUGGGUGGUACCACACAGGCCCCAAACUGCACAAGAACGAUAUCGCCAUCAAUGAACUCAUGAAGAGAUACUGCCCCAACUCGGUAUUGGUCAUUAUCGAUGUGAAGCCAAAGGACCUGGGACUUCCCACCGAAGCCUACAUCUCAGUGGAGGAAGUUCAUGACGAUGGGACGCCGACAUCAAAAACUUUUGAGCACGUGACUAGUGAGAUUGGAGCGGAGGAGGCUGAGGAGGUCGGAGUGGAGCACUUACUGAGAGACAUCAAGGACACUACAGUGGGGACUCUCUCCCAGCGGAUCACAAACCAGGUCCAUGGUUUGAAGGGACUGAACUCCAAGCUCCUGGAUAUCAGGAGCUACCUGGAGAAGGUAGCCAGCGGCAAGCUCCCCAUCAACCACCAGAUCAUUUACCAGCUGCAGGACGUCUUCAACCUGCUGCCGGAUGCCAGCCUGCAGGAGUUCGUCAAGGCCUUCUACCUGAAGACCAACGACCAGAUGGUGGUGGUGUACUUGGCCUCACUGAUCCGCUCUGUGGUUGCCUUGCACAACCUCAUCAACAACAAGAUUGCCAACCGGGAUGCAGAGAAGAAGGAGGGACAGGAGAAGGAGGAGAGCAAGAAGGAGAGGAAAGACGACAAAGAGAAAGAGAAGAGCGACGUGAAAAAAGAAGAGAAAAAGGAGAAGAAAUAGAUCGUGUAGCUUUUUUAAUUUGUAAAUUAAAGUCUUAUAAACUUAACUCCGUGUGCCACUAGAGGGUCCUUUGUCCCAUUCAGUGCUUGUUGACAAGCGCUCUGCCCUUGUCACCCUUGCUGUGGCAUUUUGUGGAGAUGAAUGGACAGAAGGACCGAUCUCAGCCCUACACUACAGCUUCAGUUGCAUGAGUUGGGGGUGUGGUGGCUCAAGUGUGUUCGAUUGUAUGAGAACAACAUGACCUUUGGCGCUCUUCCUUUUAUCCUUAAAAGGGAUUUUUUUUUCCUAUUUUAUAAGAUCCAUGGGAUCGGUUGGUGGUAAUUUUCAUAAUUGCUAAAUGGAAUUCAUGGAUCCAUACUAUACCACCCAACACUUGAGCGCGGACCCUGCUGAUCUCUUGAGACCACAUGGUAUCCUGGACCUGUAACUAGCGUUCUUAGGGCUUGGGGUCCAAGGCCAUGUAUUGUUUACCUCCACUGAGACAAUUAAAUGGCUUGGUUUUUA